AUGGCCGCCAUGAUGCCUAGUGGAACAGCUUCCGCGAACCCAUACGAACACUACGAUCAGGAUCCGCUCGAAGACGAUCUUAUUGAUCCAGAUGAUGACCCGCUCGCAUCAUCCUCCGACCGAGCACCCCUGACAGGCAACAUCCAACAAUCAUCCGCUCGUGCCCAAAAUACUCAGUCCUACUUGAACAACACUAUCGGUGGUGAAGAUCGAAGGGCACCUCAGAACACCAUUGACGAAAGCGUCUGGGAUACACUGUCACGAGACCUGCUCGCUAUCUGGGAGAAGAUGCGCCAAGUGCUGUAUCCCAAGUAUCUCCUGGGUGGUCUGCUACAGCGUGGUGGAGGUAUGGGCGGCGCAGAAAGAGCCGAGGGAGACAGUCUCAGCGGUGGUGGCAUGAACGGACUGGUGGGCAGAUGGCCAGAUGCAGACACAGUUCUGCAGAGUGGCAUGAGCGAGGGUUUGAGGGACUGGGAUCUCUGCUUCCUUCUCUCGCGCGGCGCACAGGAUGAACAGAAGUCGAUAGUCUUCUCUGGAGUCUUCGCUACUGUCUGGAUCGGAGAAGCCGUUGUCACGCUCCAAAUCAAGCUUCUAGGNGGCAGCAUUUCAUUCUUCCAGUCAGUGUGCAUCAUCGGAUACACGUUGUUCCCACUCGUCAUCGCAUCAACUCUCAGCGCGGUUGGCCUCCCCAUGAUUGCUAGGAUUCCUGUGUAUAUUGUGUUGGUCGCAUGGUCACUGGCUGCAGGUGUCAGUAUUCUUGGAGGCUCUGGUGUUGUCAAGAAUCGGGUCGGCAUUGCGGUCUUCCCUCUGCUCGUCUUCUAUAUUGGCUUGGGAUGCUUGUGUUUCAUCAGUUAA